AUGCCCACGCCCAUCCUCAUCGGCGUGGCGGACAUCAAAAACCGCUCCCUCUCCUUCGCCGACGCCCACGAACCCGCCGUCCUGAUCCACCGCGCAAUCCUCGCCGCCAUUGCCGACUCGGGUGCUCCUGACCCGGAAAGAUUACGGGCGGCGAUUGACAGCAUCGAUGUGGUGCGCACGUGGACGUGGCCGUAUACGGAUUUACCUGGUCUGUUGGCGAGGAAGUUGGGAAUUGAGGACGGGUCGUUGAGGCAUAGGGAGUAUAGUGAGCAUGGGGGACAUCAGCCGGGGAGGUUGUUUGAUGAGGCGUGUAGGAGGGUGAGUAGGGGGGAGGUGGGUGUGGCGGUUGUGUGUGGGGGGGAGGCGUUGGCGAGCUUGUCUGCCUGUGCUGCAGCGAAGAAAUUGCCUCCUCCGGGUUGGACCAAACCCGAGCAAGAUGUGAACUCGGUCUUUACGCCCACGGGCCGUGAUCUCGGUGACAAUCUAGGCGCUAUCCACGGUAUCGGCGCCCCGAUCCACGUCUAUCCUCUGUAUGAGAAUGCCUUCCGAGCCCACCGGGGUCAAAGCAUCAAAGAGAACAACAAAGAGAGCGCAAAGCUGUAUGCCGAUUUCUCAGCCGUGUCCGAAAAGCAUCCGUAUAGUUGGAAUUAUGGACGCAGGGACGACGAGAAAGUCAUUGGAAGGGUGGGGGGCAAGAAUAGGAUGAUUUGUUUUCCUUACCCCCUCCUAAUGAACGCCUUCAACACCGUCAACCUCGCCUCCGCCCUCCUCGUCACCUCCACCACCACCGCCCGCACCCUCGGCAUAUCCCCGUCAAAAUGGAUCUACCCCUUGGGCGGCGCCGGCACCUCGGACCCAGAUUUCUUCUGGCACCGUCCCAACUUCACCUCCUCGCCCAGCAUCUCCGCCUCCCUCGACGCCGCCCUCGCCCUCACCUCCCUCACGCCCGCAGACAUCGACCUCCUAGACAUCUACUCGUGCUUCCCCAUUGUCCCCAAAUUCGCAGCCCACCACCUCGGCCUACCCCUCACCGGACCCAGAAGCAAACCGCUUACCCUGCUAGGCGGCCUGACGAGUUUCGGCGGCGCGGGGAACAACUACAGCAUGCACGCUUUGUCGGAGAUGGCGAGGCAGGUUCGCCAGGGGAAAGGCAGGAAGGGGCUCGUGCUGUGUAAUGGCGGGGUGCUGAGUUAUCAGCACGUAGUGAUUCUGAGCAAAGACCCUAGGAAGGAUGGCAGCGCGUAUCCGGACGCGAAUCCGUUGCCGAAGAAGUUGGAUGUUAAAGGUCCCGAGGUGGUGGCUGAGGCGGAGGGGGAGAGUGUGGUGGAGACGUAUACGGUGGAGUUUGCGCGGGAUGGGAAGCCCGCUAGGGGGUUCGUUGUGGGGAGGUUGAAGAAGGAUGGGAGGAGGUUCCUUGCGAAUCAUGCGGAUGAGAAGACGUUGAGGGAGAUGGCGAGUGGGGUGGGCGAGAUUGUGGGGAGGUCUGGGUUCGUGAGGCGGGAUCCGGAGAGGAAGGGGAGGGGGUUGUGGAGCUUUGAUGGGGUGGCGAGGAUAUAG